AUGGACCCUCUAUCCAUAUGCGCCAGCGCCGCCAACGUUGCCCAGCUGGCGGGCAUCAUCAUCUCCAAGCUAGCAGCCUUUUGCGACGCAGCUAGCCAUGUCGACAUCACCGUCUCCGGCUUCGGGGUCGAGAUCCACAAUUUCCAAAUAGCCUUGCAGCUGGUCGCUGAAACAAAGAAGAUUUGGCAACUGCGGCAGAUGACGGAUCUCGAAGAAAACCACUGGACGCGCAUCGACAAGCUUCUCGGACGCUGUAGACAGACUUUGGUCAAGCUGCAGUCGAUACUAGAAAAUGCUGCGGUGAAGCAGACGACGCUUGGGAGGAGACCAAUGACUCAGUUGAAGCUGGACAUGAAGUCGCAUAUCAUUUCCAUACUGCGGAGCCAUAUCAAAUCGUACACGCAGGCUCUGCAAGUGUCUCUGUCUACUCUGACAUUGGCAAACCAGUUGCAGAGUCAUGCCUCGAUCGAGCACGAACUCCAGGAGUUGUCCCGUAAGAUCCAGGACGUGAAAUCAACAUUGUUGUCACGGCCCGCGGAGACGGAGAAAGUCGAUGACCCCGAAACAGCCGACAUCGAGGCCGACAUGCCAGGGGAACACGAAAUAAACGAAGAUGUAGAGCAGGUCAUCAUGUCUGCCGCCGCCGUCAGCGAAGCUGCAACAAGCGUUGAUUCCGAUUCGAUCCGCAGCGGACUCCAACUUACCGACCCACCGAUACACAGGUGGAUGGACGGAGUCGAAUCGCCGCCGCCGCAAAGCCCCGGUGCAGGUCCCAGUUUCAAGAAUGAGGUGACACCGCCGAGGAUGUCCAGCGCUUCCGAAUCUGAUGCUCCAGUGCGCGGAGAACCGAAGGACUCCGGGAUCGGGUCCGACGAGCAUUCUGAUGACGAGGACGAUCCAGAUCCCAACCUUGACGACCAUUUCUCAGAAGGUGUCUUGAAGAGACUCAUCGAAAGAUUCCACAACCAGGCCAUCGAGGAGUUCGACAAAGGGAACUACCAUCGAGCCGAGACUGCCCAGAACAUGAUGAUGAGGUACCUGGAAGAGGGUCGUCGCAACCACGGCAUGGAGUAUGACAACGCUGAGGUCUUCGAGAGACUGGCCCAGAUAUACUACAAACAGAAGCAGCUGGAGGAGGCAAGGAAAAUCUACACUCGGCUGCUGGAAGAGCACAAGAGAAGGACGCCGGACAUCUGGAGGUGGUACUUCUCUUAUGCAAAGAUAUAUCAAGAGCAGGAGCGGUUAGAAAAAGCUGCGAGAUAUGCGAAAAGAGCUUUCACUGGGGCUGAGAAGUCUCUACCGAAAGGAGAUCCUUUCAUAUUCGAUGCCGUGGCGCUUUUGGCCCAUAUUUAUCAGCAACAAGGAGAACACAUACUAGCAGAAGCGCUACGUGAACAGUAUCUUGGAGACAAACCCCGCCAGCCGAGCUUGACUGAACGCAAAUUGAGCCUCGAAGUGAUGCCAAGUGGUAGCAGUGGGAGGUCAUGGCUGACUGAGGUCGGACAUGACCCAGCGUCCCCAGCCUUCGACCCAAAGAGCGCAAUCAAACUCUCCAUCGAAAAGGACAGCGAAGCUGGCGUUACAGAGGUGCUCCAUCGAAUUCAAGACGUCGAAAAGCAACGAGCACUUGCGAAAGAAAGUUUGAAGUGGGCCAUUCAAGGAGGCCGGCGAGAGAUCGCGAACUUGUUGAUGGAGUUGGACCUGGGAAUUGGAAAAGACUCGCUUUUCGCGGAUGGAAAGACACCUCUGAUACACGCCAUCCAGGCCAAGGAAGACGGAAUAGUGCAAGACAUCCUUCAAAAGGGUGCGAGUCCAGAAACACGUUGCGCCAGGAGCAUUACACCCUUGAUCCAUGCAGUCACGGCUGGACAUGAACCUAUCGCCGCGCAUCUCCUCGGAAAAGGUGCGAGGGUAGAUGCGACAUCUUACGAAUGUACGGCUCUCCACCGUGCUGUCGAUCUCAAGUUUGCCGUCCUCGUGAAAUUGUUGUUAGCAUACGAUGCCGGUCUUGAGUGUAUGGGACCGAGGAAGUGGAUGUCGCUGGGCUCUUCAGGUAAGCGGCUUCCUGCCAGCAAGGACUGCAAGGCAGAUACUCACCCAACACACGUAGAUGCCAGCUGGACCCCCCUUCUCCUCUCAAGCUUUGCUGGAUCGUCCGAGAUAUCGCACUUGCUGCUGGAAAAGCAUGCGCACAUCGAAGCAAAGACGUCGACUGGCGGAACGCCUUUGAUGUAUGCCGCUGAAGAGAGACACCUUACUACAGUCCGGCUGUUGCUUUCGGCAGGUGCAGACGUCCAUGCCACGGACAAGAAAGGCGACACUGCGCUUCACCGUGCGGUGCGUAAGAGCGGUAGUGUCGAGAUCAUUGACUCGAUCCUCGGAAAAGGAGGCAGCCUCGAUACGCCAAACAAGGAGCGCGAGACCACACUCCACAUCGCAGCGUCCAAGAACGGAGGAGAGCGCUUGCUCGGCGUGUUGCUCGACCGUCAAGCGAACCGAGAAGCGCGAGAUGUUGCCGGCCGCACGCCCCUGCACGUGGCAAUUGAAAAACGACAGGAAGGAAAUGUUGCCACGCUCAUAGAGCGAGGAGCGGACAUUAGCGCGACGGAUAAUUACGGCCAGAGCUCAGUAAAGCUGGCUCAGAGAAGCUCGCCUGAGAUCCAGAUGCUCAUCAAGAAACACAAGAAGCGGUCGAACCCUCUGAGCUCGUCGAUGAGUCGCAGGGGCUCGGAUCGUUCGAGUACCACGGAAGGAUCGGUGAGAGGACGGCAGCCGUCCGUGUCGUCGAAAUUCACGUUCUUGGACAAACUCAGAUGA